AUUUCUGCAAAAUUCAAAGUCUGAUGAUAUGAAUUAUGAAGCCAUGUUUCUUUUUUCCACCAAAAGAAGAAAACAAUGGUCUAUGGAAUAGUAUAAUUCAGCCACUCUCUGCCAAAUCUCAACAAGUCAACAACCCCGGCCCACCCUUUCGCAUUUCGUUUCUGAUUUUCUCUUUAUCUACUCAUUAUAUAAUCUCCUUCCUUCUAGUUACAUCCUAUCAGUAAUCAGUAGAAGAAUUGAUGGAGAACUUAGAAGCCGCUGUGGGCAUAGGCUACUGGCUCCGAUGGCAAGUUGUGGUUUGUGCUCUCAUCCUCAUCCUCCCCGCCACCAUCGCACUAAGAUUACUCAGGAGACGCCAUAAAGAUCCCAUCGACCCUUCUCAUUUCUGGGUUCCCAGUUGGAGAGGCCUCCAUCCUCGCUGGCUUCUUUUUUACAGAGCUUUCGCCUUCGCUUCCAUGGCGUUCCUGCUUUAUCAGACUGUUGCCACUUUCGGAUUCUUCGUCUUCUUUUUCUAUACCCAGUGGACUUUUGCAUUGGUUAUGGUCUAUUUUGCUCUUGGGACACUUGUAUCUGCACAAGGAUGCUUAUGGAGCUCAAGAAGUCCCUUUGCCCAGUGUGGGGAGACGGACAGGUUCUUGAAAAAGGAUCCAGAUGAGACUAAUAGUCAUGAUAAAGAACAAGCAUGUGUUGAACAACAUCUUGGAUUGUCAGAAAAUCUUAUGCAUAUUGUUUACCAGACUUGCGCAGGUGCUGUUAUGCUGACUGAUAUAGUCUUUUGGUGUCUUCUACUCCCAUUUAUGACUGGUGAAAAUUUUCAACUUACCUUGCUAAUUGGAUGUAUGCACUCUGUAAAUGCCAUUUUCCUUUUCCUUGAUUCUGCUCUAAAUAAGCUUCCAUUUUCAUGGUACGGCCUCGUAUACUUUAUUCUAUGGAGUUGUGUUUAUGUUGCUUUCCAGUGGAUUCUCCACGCGUGCUGCUAUACAUGGUGGCCAUAUCCUUUCCUUGACCUUUCAACUCCAUGGGCACCUUUCUGGUAUUUUGCACUGGCCUUGGUUCACAUCCCCUGCUAUGGAAUAUACGUUCUGCUCAUAAAAUUAAAAGACGGAAUCUUGUCAAGGAUGUUUACUGAGGCUUAUGUUAGGUUGUCAUAGCUUCUUGCUUCCUCCGCAAAGGUUACAAUGGAGAAGAAGGGAACUUGACACAGAGGAAAUCUGUUUUCAGAAAGAAAAGAGUGGAUCCUAUCUACUUGCAUAUAAGAAAAGAAGAUAGAUUUAGACAUUGGUACCUAUCAAUAUGUGCAUCUUAUGUAUGAGCUCUAGCUACUAGUUCCUGCUGUACACUCCGUACAAAAUUGUUCAUUUUAGUGUAUGCAUAAUGCAUUAUUAAUUUAAUCUUGAAUUGUUUAAAAUUUUGAUAAUUAAAGAUAAUUAUUCCA